CCUCAAACUGUGGGAGCCCGUACAGGGCCGUGGCUUUGAUUUUGUGGGCGUUUUAGAACUUCGCGUUUCCGGUUGAAAUCACAGCACAGCGUUUAUGCAGAAGCUCUGUAGAGGAGACAACCGGUUUAGCUCUGUUCCGAAAGUGCGAAGGGAGGGCCUUGGUGAUUGUACUGAAAAAAAUGGAGAGCGAAUAUUCGUUUCCUCCUGAUAAACCAGGAAGCAUUUGGACCUUUUCAUCAAGGUAGAACUUUUUCGGAUGUAAAAACAUCAAGCUGACAGGCACAAAGUCUUUUUAACCGCUGAGACCUUUGGAUUUUACUCGACGAACAAACUAUUUCCGUGUCGUUCAGAAGUGGAUUCUCGCUUCCGACAUUACGUAUCGUCGCCAGAAGGGUCCCAUGGUUUGGUUGUGGUCUGCUCUCUGCCAUGCCUCCCGCCAUGACGGAUCAGCUGGAUGUGUGGGCGGACCCAGUAUUGGAUGGAAACGAUCAGGUGGCUGUGGAUUUCCUCUUGCCUACUGGAAUAUACAUUCAGAUGGAUGUUCCAAGAGAGAGCACCAUCCAGCAAAUCAAGCAGAUGCUAUGGAAGCAGGCACAGGUGUAUCCGCUCUUCUCCUUGCUUGGGGAGAUGGAUGGUCACAUAUUCGAAUGUGUGAACCAGGCUGCAGUUCACGAGGAGCUUGAAGAUGAGAGCAGACGUUUGUGUGAUGUUCGUCCAUUUUUGCCUGUACUCAGGCUCAUUACUCGUAACUGUGGCCGUGCUGAACGCUUACUUGACUCCAAGAUCGGAGUGCUUAUUGGAAAAGGGCUCCAUGAACUGGAUGCAUUGCCGGACCAGGAAGUGAAAGACUUUCGUAGCAAAAUGCAACGAGUUAGUGAAGAGAAAAUGCAGUCAGUGCACUUGAUGUCAUGGGCAGAAUGGUUUCAGAGCUGCUUCUUUCCCAAGAUGGAAGUGGGGCCAGUUGAUGGUCUAUGUGAUAGGAAUGAGGGCUUGAUUAAAAUCACCAUGCAUUACAACCAAUCACAGGACACAACAAGUCUAAAAGUGCCAUUGAGCUGUACUGUACCUGAGCUUAUGAAUCAAGCUCUCAGAAAAUGGCUGACUACUCAUGGCUUGAAAGAAGAUGAAGACUGUGUUGGUAACUACGUCCUAAGAGUCAGUGACAAGCUGGAAUUCUUGUUUGGAGAACACCCAAUUAUGUAUUAUAGCUACAUCAGAUCAUGCUUGCUGUCACAGGAGAUUCCACAUUUGACGUUAGUGCAUUGUGAUAUGGUCAAGUCCAUGUUUGAACAUGAAAUCAGCACUAUUGGAGCUGUACUUUCACGGAAGUCAUCAAAUCCUCCUUUACCUCUUCCUCCUAAGAGGAGAGGACCAUCUCAAUUGCAUACCUGCAUUUGGGAGGUUCAGUCUUUAUUUAAAAUCACUUUAGUGAGGGGCAUUAAGGUCAAUGCAGAGGAGACAGCAAAGGUGCAAGUUCGUGCAGGCCUAUUCCAUGGUACAGAGCUCCUGUGUAAGCCAUCUGUUAGUAAUGAGACCAGUGGUCGCUCUGAGCACACCUGGAACCGUACUCUUGAGUUUGAUAUUUCAGUUUGUGACCUGCCACGCAUGGCUCGUCUAUGUUUUGCCAUAUAUGCUGUCAUGGACAAGGUAAAAAAGCAGAAGUCAACCAAGAACAUGCAAAUGAACAAAUAUCAGACUAUUCGAAAAGCAGGAAAAGUGCAUUACCCAAUUGCAUGGGUGAACAUGAUGGUGUUUGACUACAGAGGACAGCUAAAGACUGGUGAUAUCAUCUUACAUACCUGGUCUUCCUUUCCUGAUGAGCUGGAGGAGAUGUUGAACCCAAUUGGAACGAUCCAGACAAAUCCAUACACUGAGAAUGCCACAGCACUGCAUAUUUGCUUGCCAGAGUAUUCGGGACACCCACUCACAUUUCCCCCAUUUGACAAGAUCCUGGAGAAAGCGGCUGAAAUUGCUGGAUCCACUGAUUCUAUAUCAUUGGGAAGAGGGGGGAAAAAGUUCUACAUUGAACUAAAAGAGAUCAUGGAAAGGGAUCCGCUUUCACAACUGUGUGAAAAUGAGAAGGAUCUGAUAUGGACGCUACGCUAUGACUGCAGAGAGAACUUUCCACAGUCCCUUCCUAAACUACUGCUGUCUGUCAAGUGGAGUAAACACGAAGACAUGGCACAGUUGCAGGCAUUGUUGCAGAUUUGGCCUAAAAUUUAUCCUCGGGAUGCUUUAGAGCUAUUGGAUUUUAAUUAUCCAGAUCAAUAUGUUAGAGAGUAUGCAGUCAGUUGUCUGCAAGAUAUGAGUGAUGAAGAACUGUUGCAGUAUUUGUUGCAGCUGGUGCAGGUGUUGCGCUAUGAACCAUAUUAUGACUGUGCCCUCACCCAGUUUUUACUGCAGCGUGCUCAGACCAAUCGCAAAAUUGGGCAUUUUCUCUUUUGGCAUCUAAGGUCAGAGAUACACAUGCCAGCAGUAUCUGUGCAGUUUGCUUUAAUAUUGGAGGCAUACUGUAGAGGCAGCAUCCCCCACAUUGAAGUGCUUAAAAAACAGGUUGAGGCUCUUGGCAAGUUAAAAGCUGUGAAUGAGUUGAUCAAACUGGGUACAAUAAAGGCCAAGAAUAAAACCAAGGAGGCUCAGGUGAAGGAGGCCAUGGUGAAGUGCCUUAGACAGACGGGCUUCACUGAAAUUUUGUCAGACCUUCACUCACCACUGAACCCCCAAAUACUGCUUGCUGAUGUCAAUGUGGAGAAGUGCAGAUACAUGGACUCUAAAAUGAAGCCCCUGUGGAUCGUUUACAAUAACAAGCUGCUGGUAGGAGACACGCUGGGAAUCAUCUUCAAGAAUGGAGAUGAUCUCAGACAGGACAUGUUGACCCUGCAGAUCCUAAGGUUAAUGGACAUGCUGUGGAAGGAAGCAAACCUUGACCUCAGAAUUGUGCCUUAUGGUUGCCUGGCAACAGGAGAUCGCACAGGGCUGAUUGAGGUUGUGUCCUCUGCUGACACCAUAGCUAACAUCCAAAAAAAUAGUAGCAACAUGGCAGCUGCCGCAGCCUUCAACAAAGAUGCUCUGCUCAGCUGGCUCAAGGACAAAAACCCUGGUGAGGCUCUGGAGAAAGCCAUUGAGGAGUUCACACUUUCUUGUGCUGGUUAUUGUGUGGCCACCUAUGUUCUGGGCAUCGGAGAUCGUCAUAGUGACAAUAUCAUGGUCCGAAGCACAGGACAGCUUUUCCAUAUAGACUUUGGUCAUAUCUUGGGGAACUUCAAAUCAAAGUUUGGAAUCAAGAGAGAGCGUGUUCCAUUCAUUCUCACACACGACUUCAUUCACGUCAUUCAGCAGGGCAAAACUAGUAACAGUGAGAAAUUUGGCAGUUUUAGGCAAUACUGUGAAGAUGCUUAUCUGAUCCUGAGGAAGAAUGGAAAUCUGUUCAUCACACUCUUUGCCCUGAUGCUGACUUCAGGGUUACCAGAACUUACCUCUGUCAAGGACAUUCAGUACUUAAAGGACUCUCUUGCUUUGGGUAAGACUGAUGAUGAGGCACUGAAACAAUUCCGGCAGAAGUUUGAUGAAGCUCUAAGAGAGAGCUGGACCACCAAAGUAAACUGGAUGGCUCACAUUGUGGCACAUCCCUCCUAAUACCUUUACACCAACAAGGAUCAAAGUUUAGGAGAAAGCUUAAACACAAUGUUGAACCAGACUACGCAAAGUCCUUUUUUAAUUCUUGAAAACCUUUAAAUGGUUAAAUACUUUUUAUUCAAUGUAGUUAACACAAACAGCUGCUGAUAUAAGGAGUUUCAUGGCUCCAUUGUUUCACAGAAAAACAUAAUGGAGAUUUAAAAGUAGGUGGAUGAUUAAUAAAGGGAACAAAGGUGAAGACAACAACAAAUACAAGGUGAAGUCAGCUCACCUCAACAUGGAAAAAUCAGUUUUUCACAUUUCAGAAUAUUUUCACACAGUGAGAAACGCAUCAAGAGGAGCAGUGUGAAGCAUCAUCAUUACAUUCUUUUGAUUUUACUUCUAAAUGGAUUACUUUUUUAUGUCAUCUUGCAGUUGAAAUAAUGCUUUAAGCUGCAAAUGCAGUAAUAAUGUUGUGGAAACAUGGACUAAAGAAACAAAUGGAGCAUGCAGUAAAAAAUGGAACUGCACAUAGAUAUAAUUAUUCUGAAGGCUUGUAGAGUGAACUUGCUUGAAACUGUUAUUGAAGAAACAGUUACAGAUUAUUCGUAUUUCGAAUUAAAGCCAGAAAUCACUAUUUAAAAAGCAGCAAUUUUUGCUGCCUACAAGCUAAAAUGGACAACAACAUACAGUAUGUAUUUUAACAGACGAUUUUUUUACCUGCCACAAGUUGUUUUACAUACCUUUUUUUGGGGGGGCCUUGAAUGCAUUGUGUUCAACAAUUUUAAUGACACAAAAAGAUCAUUAAAAUUGUUGUAUAGCAUUACUUAAUUAAAACAGGCAAAUAUAGAAAGAUUGCAUUGCCCAAAUUAAUGAAUUUAUGUUUAUACUGCCAAAAAGAUUUCAUGUUUGUGGGUUUUUUUUGUUUGUUUGUUUUUUAAUUUAUAAUUACCCCACAUUUUAAUAGGAUCAGAAUGCUGGAGCAAGUGUCAAAUGAUAGUAUUUUAGUUUAGAAAGAUAUUUCAGGGACAAUAACCUGCAUUAGGGGUCUGCUGCCUUUAAAAAAAAAAAAAAAAAAAGAUUCGCACUGGAGCAUAGACUCUCAGAAUGCCAAAUGGGAUCUACUGUGCCUUAUAAAAUGAAAAUAUUCUACUGUUUGUAUGAGACUGCUUAAAGUAAGUGGUUUUUUAAAACACUGGAUUUUAUUUGUCCAUCAUUAUUUAAGGAUUGUUACAUUUUGUUUUUUAUUUAUUUUCUUCUUUUGAAAAGUUGAGAUGACUAUUAAUAGAUUGUAUGAGAGUAGUGAGUUUACUCAUACAAACGUUCAGCAAGCAAAUACUUUUUACUUUGUAAUGUCAGAGCUAAGACAUAAUCAGUUCCUUCUUCCCUCAGAUCCUUUCAUCUAAUGGAGCUCAAAACAUACAUAACUUUAUAACUACUAUAGCAAAAACACUGUAACGAUGCACUUACACAGGCAGUUGGUGAUCUGAGAUGUUUUUUUGUAAAUUAGGUGCAGUUAACUACAAUCAUGGUUAUUAUGAAAAUUCCUGUAAACCCUGAACACCAUUUCACAUAUGUGCCCAUAGAACAUUUCAUUUGUUUCCUAAAGCAAAAUUAUAUUUACACUGAAGUACAAUGGUUUAAGAGGAUGAUUAUGUAUAUGUUCAAUACAUUUCCAUCCAAACAGUGUGAUAACUACCUGAAACAAUGCAGUUUGUCUUUACUGUUGCAAAGAAUUUUGUAUGUGAAAACAGCCUUAAAGACAGAUGUCUACAGCAUACCAGAGGAUGUUUGUGUAUUGUUGAUAACCUGCUGUGCAUCUCUAAUGCUGCUUAAAUUAUUAUUAGUUUAAAAGAGUAUCCUUACACUUUAAAAUACAGAGAAGAGAAAAUGAAUUACCAGUGUGCGUGCGUGCGUGUGUGUGUGUGGAAACUGCCAGAGAGGAGGAUGGUGCAAUAUAAUGAAUCCUGUUAUGUGCGAAUUUGGAUUAAUGUGUGUGCACUACAACUGCUGCUGUAUGGUAUGCUAGCCUUCAAUGUCUCACACACUGAAACUGCUUCUCUGUUUGAUUUUCUGACUUGUUCUUAAUGAUAUGUUUUCAUAGGAAUGCUAUUAAAGAUUUGGUAUAGCAAUCA